GUGACCUGGUAACACUUUUCCAUCUGGUGAAAUUAGGCGCAAUUUGAGGACGGAUUGCGAACUGCAAAUAGGAAUUCUGCCAAUGGAGGACACAACGGGAGCGGAGCAGGAUGCUGACAACGUGAUCCGCAUCCUGGUGGCCACCGACAACCAUCUGGGCUACGGCGAAAAGGAUGCAGUGCGCGGCGAGGACAGUUUCACGGCCUUCGAGGAGAUCUUGGAACUGGCGGUGUCCGAGGAUGUGGACAUGAUUCUGCUGGGUGGCGAUCUCUUCCACGAUGCGGUGCCCAGCCAAAACUCCAUGCACAAAUGCAUUGAGCUCCUGCGACGGUACACCUUUGGCGAUCGUCCCGUUUCUCUGGAGAUCCUCAGCGACCAGGCGCAGAGUUUCCACAAUGCCGUCAACCAGUCGGUGAACUACGAGGAUCCCAAUCUGAACAUAGCCAUUCCGGUCUUCUCCAUUCACGGCAAUCACGAUGAUCCCAGUGGCUUCGGUCGCUUGAGCUCCCUGGAUCUGCUGAGCACCUCGGGCCUGGUCAACUACUUUGGCCGCUGGACGGACCUCAGCCAGGUGGAGAUCAGCCCCAUCCUGUUGCGUAAGGGCGAGAGCCAGUUGGCCCUGUACGGACUGAGCCACAUCCACGAUGCGCGGCUGGCCAGGCUCAUCAAGGAUUUCAAGGUCAAGUUCAACUGCCCCGACUCGGCGAAGGACUCGGAUGAGGAGUGGUUCCACCUGCUGGUGGUGCAUCAGAACCGAGCCGAUCGCGGCCCCAAAAACUAUCUGCCCGAGGAGCUGCUGCCGGACUUCCUUCACCUGGUGAUCUGGGGCCAUGAGCACGACUGCCGCAUCGAGCCGGAGAUGAAUGCCAGGAAGGGUUUCUAUGUCUCCCAGCCGGGCUCCUCGGUGCCCACCUCCUUGUCGGAGGGCGAGGCCAAGAAGAAGCACGUCGGCCUCCUCGAGAUCUACAAGGGAAAGUUCAAGCUGAAGGAGCUGCCCCUGCAGACCGUGCGUCCCUUCGUCUUCGAAUCCGUCUCACUGCCCGAUCGGGCCGAGGAGUUGGGUCUAGACGAGGGCGAUGCCUCCACCAAGGUCUUCAAGUUCGCCAAGGAACGGGUGGAGGCCAUGCUGGAGAAGGCGGCGGCCCAGCAGACCGGCCAUCCCAAGCAGCCCACGCUGCCACUUAUUCGACUGCGCCUUUCAUACUCGGACGAGUCCUGCAUGUUCAACGCCAUUCGGUUCGGCCAGAUGUUCAGCACGCAAGUGGCCAAUGUCCAGGAUGUGGUGCAGUUCAGCAAGCUGAUCAAGCGCACCAAGACGGAGACCAUCCACCUGGACAAGGAGGCCAUGCGACGUGCACUGGAGGCGGAUAAUGCCACUCGCGUGGAGGAGCUGGUGGAUCGCUACUUCGACGGUGCCAAUAAACCCCUAAGGUUAUUCCACUCCAAGGCUUUGGCAGAGAUGACCUAUCGACUGGUGGAGCGAGCGGAUGCUGAUGCAGCGGAAAAUAUUGUGAAGUUCUACAAGGAAAAGGCAGUGGAUCAUCUAAUGGAAACCAUGCCGAACGAAGAGAGCAUCGACAACGAGUUGAUGAGUUUCAGGACGCGCCACAAUCACGAGAGUCUGCUCAAAAUGCUCGAUAGUCAGGGCCUGAAAGUGAAACGGGAAGAAAGGUCCUCCACAUCUGUCUUGGGCAGCGAAGCAAAUGGCACCACGGCUCCCACGACGGGACGAGGGCGUGGCCGUGGUCGUGCCACUGGCAGAGGUCGUGCUGCAGCCUCAGGUGCCACACGUGGCAAGGCCCAGCUGGAAGUGACCGUCAAUAGUUCGCGCACCUCGAGCAGACAACAAACCCUUUUGAGUAGCCUCAAAGGCACUCGUAAUACCGCCAGCUAUGUUAUAUCGGAUGAUUCCGAUUAGUUUACAUUCCAGAGCCCCAUUAAUGUUGCAUACCUCUGAGCGGAAUAAACAAGAGCUUUCUUUUUAUAUAA